AUGCCUAGUGAAAUGAUAACACUCCAACUCGGCCAGUGCGGCAAUCAAAUUGGUUUUGAAUUUUGGAAGCAACUAUGUAUAGAACACGGGAUAUCCCCAGAAGGGAUAUUGGAAGAAUUUGCAUCAGCGGGCUCCGAUCGUAAAGACGUGUUUUUCUACCAAGCUGAUGAUGAUCACUAUAUACCCAGAGCUGUUCUGUUGGAUCUGGAACCUCGAGUUAUACAUACUAUAAUGAACUCUCCUUACGCAAAGUUGUAUAAUCCUGAGAAUGUAUACCUGUCAAAGCAUGGCGGAGGGGCAGGUAACAACUGGGCGUCCGGUUUUGCACAGGGUGAAAAACUCAAUGAGGAAGUAUUUGAUAUCAUUAACAGGGAAGCUGAUGGCAGUGACAAUUUAGAAGGCUUUGUGCUGUGUCACUCAAUAGCAGGUGGUACAGGCUCGGGUAUGGGCUCCUAUAUACUUGAACACCUGUCAGACAGAUUCCCCAAAAAACUUGUACAAACCUACAGUGUCUUCCCGAAUCUGGAUGAGAUAAGCGACGUGGUGGUGCAGCCGUACAACUCGCUGCUGACGCUCAAGCGGCUGACGGAGAGCGCGGACUGCGUCAUGGUGCUGGACAACACGGCGCUCAACCGCAUCGCCAGCGACCGCCUGCACAUCCAGAACCCGUCCUUCGCGCAGAUCAACACGCUCGUCUCCACCAUCAUGAGCGCCAGCACCGCCACGCUCAGGUACCCGUCGUACAUGAACAACGACCUGAUCAGCCUGGUGGCGCCGCUCAUCCCCACGCCGCGCCUGCACUUCCUCAUGACGGGCUACACGCCGCUCUCCGCCGACCACGAGCUCAGCGCUGCACCUAAGAUACGAAAGACAACAGUUUUGGAUGUGAUGCAAAGAUUAUUGCAGCCAAAGAAUAUGAUGGUAUCUCUCAGUCCAGACAGAGUCAACCAACACUGUUAUAUAUCUAUUCUUAACAUUAUCCAGGGCGAGGUGGACCCAUCGCAGGUACACAAGUCUCUACAGCGCAUCAGGGAGCGUAAACUGGCGUCCUUCAUCCCGUGGGGGCCGGCCUCCAUCCAGGUGGCCCUGUCUCGCCGUUCGCCCUAUGUACACGCCUCGCACAAGGUCUCCGGCCUGCUGCUUGCUAACCACACCAACAUAUCUUCGCUGUUCGACCGGUGCCUGCAGCAGUUCGACAAGCUGCGCAAGCGCGAGGCGUUCCUGGAGGUGUUCCGCAAGGAGCCCAUGUUCCAGGAGUCGCUGGAGGAGUUCGACGAGUCGCGCGCCGUCGUGGACGAGCUGGUGCGCGAGUACCGCGCCGCCGCCACGCCCGACUACGUGCACUGGAAUCCCGAGAGCAGUCAAAUAUAAGUAGUAAGAAACCUUUUGUAAGAAAAGAAGUACAACAAGUAUUAUUACAAGAACUAAUACUAUGGAGGUUGCGAAUCUGUUGAUUGUGUGCCAUUAAUCUCUCUCUUUAAUUUCUUAAAAACAGAUCUUAGACUUAGACUUUUCCUUUUUUAAUUGUAUAACUUUAAUAGAUCAGUUUUUAAUUUAAUUCUCAUCAAAAUUAUAAAUAAAACAUUUAUAUUAUAGACAAGGUCGUUAAUUUUUGAGACUAAUAAAAAAAUUAGAAAAGGAUGAAACCCGUUAGAAAAGUAAGAAAAUAUUACAAAAUAAAAGGAAAAAUAAUUUAUAGGCGAAUUAAGGUCGAGAAGUGAAGAGGGGGGGAUUUUAAGGUUGAAAACGGGUUAUAACGAUUUCCAGAACAACCACGAGUCCUAUAGAAAAAAUUUAAAGUUGUAGAUAACAAAAAUUAAAGGUAAAAAGAUCUACAACUUUUGUGUUUGCACUUUUUUCACAUAACCUUCAAAAAUGUAUUGCGAAAAAUUAAAAAAAAAAGACUGGUUUUUUAUUUUUUCCCACAAAGAAAAAUUUUGGUUCACGAACUUUUGUGAACACUUAUCUUUGUAUGUCCUAAAUACAGAGUAAUUUUUUAUUUAAAAUAUUUUUCCUUAUUUUUAGUAUAAAAAAGCAUCCUUAAUUUUCCAUCGAAAAUCGUGACUUCAAAGUAUCUGUUUUUUGGAAUCUUCUUUCUUAUGUAUACAAAUAAAUAAAAUUGAAGUCAAAAUGCUUAUGGGUACAUGUACCAAAAUAACAUUUUUUACC